CUGCUGGGGACGUGGCUGUACGUGGCUGGGGCUGCCCAGUUCCCCCAGCACCUCCUGGAGAUGCUGCUCAUCGACCACGGCCACCUCCACGUGGAGCCCCGUGCCGGCGAGCAGGAGCUGCUCAUCACCCAGCGCGUGGCCAUAGGGGACCAGUGUCUGACCAACAACUCCACCUACUUCAAAACCGCUGUCGGUAACACCAUGCUGGUGAAGCACGCCAAGACCCAUCAAACCAUGGGGACGCUGACGAACCUCAGCUCAGAAGACAUUUUACUUAUCCAGUACCAGCUGCAAAGGGAAAGGACGUAUUUGGGACUGUAUCUCUAUGCUCGAAACCUGAACGUGAGCACAGCCCACCGGGAAGAGUUCGAGCGUCACGCCAAGCACCUGGGGCUGAGGGAAGAGGAGAUCGUGUACGCGCCGUGGAAAACGGAGCUGUGUCAAGUGAAAGAAAUGGAAAAAGGAAAUAGCUCACGCACGGAGCCCACGGCUGCAGUCACAGCAUCACCUCCUCCGGGUACCCACCAGCCUGGGACUGCGGGUAACUACCACCACAUUAAACAAUAA